CGGGAAUGAGAAUACGCUCUCCGUCAUACAGAGGGUACGGCCUGUUCAAAAAGACCCAAGCCCGAGGGUCAUUGCAAGACACUCGAACCCAGGCCGGAAUGUAUAUCCAGGCUGUAAAAUCGAAUGAAUGUGUGUAGCGUAGACCACCCUGCCACAGCACACACAUCCUGUAAGGAUACCCCUUUGGACACAGCCUUCAAGGAGGUGACCCCCCCCUAGUGGAAUGAGCCCUUAUGCCCAGAGGCGUAGCGAGACCACAUGCCUCAUAAGCAACAGAGAUAGCUUCAAAUUAGAGAUCUAUAACUAUCAAAUUAGGAUAUCCCUAUAGGACAUAGGGAGGCCUUGGCUAAUCCGGGGUGAAGUCAAGGCAGGAAGGGGCAACAGAGAGCUUGUAGAUCUCCUACUAGCUUGAGAGAUGUCAGGGCCAGCAGAAGAGCUUCCUUUAGAGUCAGAAGCUUCUCAGAGGCUGACACUAAGGGCUCAAAUGCGGCACCUGACAGACCUUCCAGGACCACAGAAAGGUCCCAGGAAAGUAUGCAUGGUCUUCAGAUGUGCCUCAGCCGCCUAACACCAUGCAUAUCCCUCGAAGUUAGAGGAUGUUGCCCCACAAAGGCUCCUGAUUGUAGAAGCAGCCAACCCCGCUGAGAAAUGUCCUCGUAGGAACUCCAGGACUGUAGCUAUUGUGCAGUUCGCUGGGUCUAGCUGACGGUCCAGCUGACGUUCCUCACACCACGAGACAAAAAGUCACCACUUGAGCACAUACAAUUUCGUCAUGGAUGCCGUUCUAGCCUUCAACAUGGUCUCUACAACCUCAGUUGUGAGACCAGAAUCUAUAAGCUGGUGCCUCUCAGGGGCCAGACUCACAGUUUCCAUAGUUCUGGCUGAGGGUGAUAAAUCAGCCCUCCGGCUUGAGACAGUAGAUCCCUGCUGAUGGGAAUCUCCGAAGGAGAUUUGAUCAAAGAUGAUCAAACGUUUUCUUGUCCGAAUAUGUCAAAAAAAGCCAACAAUUUCCUUGGGGUGUACUUAUUUUUUCACAUGACUGCAUUGCAAACAUUUCUGUGCACCUUCAUAGAUAUUAAAGUACUGCCUUAUAAGAUUGGUUUAUGAGACAGCAUGGCCAAGUCAAUCCUAAAGAAGAAGAAGAACAAGACAGUGACAAAGAAGAAUGUGUCAUUUGACAUAUUUUUCAUUCCAGAGGCAUAUCAUUUACUUUCUGUGCGUUGAAUUAAAUGCAACGGAUGGGUGUGGUACAUUACAGGGUUGCAAAGGAGGUAUACUGGAUCUCAGCUCUGUAAGUCAGCCUAUUCUAGAGAAAGGCAGAGAGAGAAACAGGCAGAUAGACAGAGAGAGACUUAGGAACUCCUAAAUUAUGAAUUUAGGAAAUCUGCAAUUAUUCUGUGUAUAUGCAGCUCAUUGUCUGUGGUGCAUAUAAACAGAAUGAGCAUGGCCAUUGCAGAGAAAUACAUUACCUACCAGGCUGUCACUCCUUUACACAUUCUAAUAGAUGAAAAAAAGAAAACCCGGUAAAAGAGAAAACAAGAAGGAGGGGUGAAGAGAUCGGCUACAAAAUCUAUGGCGUGAGAGGUAGAGAAUACUGCGCCCUCCUUCUCUCGGUCUGUGCACGCACACACACACACGCACACACACACACGCACACACACACACGCACACACGCACACACACACAAAACAGCUAUUAUCUACUGAGUUUUCCAUUCUAAAGCUGGUCUCUCUCAGGCUCCCAGACUGAAAGUGUACCAGUGGCCGAGCUUUUCUAGGGAGGACGCAAACACACACAAGGAGUGGUUUAUGAGCAAAUCACACCCAUCCAAGUGCAGUGGAAGUAUUGACUUAUAUAGCUGUAGCAGUACAAACCAUUAUGAGCUUACAUUCAGACUAUGAACUUUAUGAGAAUUACGAUGGCCUUGACCAUUACAAUGACAGCUCAAACCACAGCUACUAUGAUGAGGACUUUGAAGACUACUACUCUGUGUGCGACAAAUCUGAUGUCCGCUCCUUUGCCGGUCUCUUCCUCCCAGUGGUCUAUACCCUAGUACUUGUGGUAGGCCUGGCUGGAAACUCCAUUGUUGUAUUUGUCUAUCUAUCCCAGAAGCGCCUACAGACAUUAACGGGUGUCCUCAUCAUUAACCUGGCCUUUGCAGACCUCCUCCUCCUUUUCACGUUACCGUUCUGGGCAGCAGAUGCUGUAAACGGCUGGGAGAUUGGUGUGGUGGCCUGCAAGAUAACCUCAGCCCUCUACACCAUCAAUUUCAGUUGUAGUAUGCUUCUGCUAGCCUUCAUUAGCGUGGAUCGUUACAGAACGCUUUCCCAGGGCUCCAGCAUUUACAGCAGGCCAUCUGGAAACAAACAAAGGAGACAGAAGCUGCUACUAUCCCUCCUGGUCUGGAUUGCAGCCUUUGUGUUUGGCUUGCCAGAUUUUUUCCUCACCACCGUUAAGCAGCACUCCUCUGGACACAAAUCCUGCAGGGCGGUGUACCCACAUAGUAUGGCACAAGCAACAAAAGCUACCUUGGAAAUUCUAGAGGUGUCACUGAGCUUCCUGCUACCCUUCCUGGUGAUGUUGUUCUGCUAUUACCGGGUGGGAAAAACCCUGAGUCAGGGAGCAACCACUGGAAUGAGAGAAGUACGGAGGUGGAAGGCCUUCCGGGUUCUGAUAGCUGUUGUGGGGGUGUUUCUGUUGACACAGCUGCCAUAUAACAUUGUGAAGCUUAUACGAACCCUAGACAUCAUCUACGCAUUUGUGACAAACUGUGACGUCAGUAAAAGACUGGAUCGGGCCACUCAAGUCACAGAGAGCUUGGCACUCACACACUGUUGUGUAAACCCAGUUUUAUACGUCUUCAUUGGCUCGUCCUUCAAGGUGCAUGUGCUAAAGAUUGCUAAGCGCUAUGGACAGACUAGAAAGAACCAUCAUCACGAGCACAGGCAACCUGCAGUGGAGAUUGUGCUAAAAUCACAGACCCGCACAAACAGCAAUGCAUACUCAGAAUCAUACGAUGAACAUACAAGUAGCUUUACUAUCUAGUGCACAAACCUGAUUAUCAGGGACUAAACACUACAUUAUAUAUAAUGCAAAUAUGCUACAGGGAUAUUAAAGCAUUUAAUAAAUGGAAAGAUUUGAAAUUUGGGGUUCUAGAUACUAAACUGAGUGCUCUGCUGACCCAGAAUUACAUUGUGAUUUUCAGAUUGUAAUACAAGAGUAUGGGCGGGGUAAGUUUGUUUCUCUAAAUUUUGAUAGGCAUCAAUAUUCAUAAUUACAAACCCAAACACAUCUGAAUCUAAUGUACGUUGGGGAAAAUCAGAACAUUUUUCAGAGUUGAGAAGACGGGUCAGAUCGGAAAUGGAGCACAACUUCCUCUUUUUUGCUAAUCUUUAUAUAACAUAACAUAACCUAAUUGUGCAUUGUGACCAUGAACACAUGUGGCUGUGCAGAAGUAUGUUAAUUGACGGUUUUAUGUAUUAAAUGGGUCAGGGUCUCAUACAAUUUACAUAGUACUGGCUGGUUAAGUUGGUAUUCAUGAUUGCAGCUUUCAGUAAACAGUUCCCAGCAGCACAGCUGCUAAUUUUAUUAUGCCCCCCUGUACUCUGUACUGUUAUAUAUUAAUUUCUGCUAAUUUUCAUAAAAGGUGCAAUAAAUCACAGAAGAGCUCUGUAUACAAAAUCUCAACCAGCAAACCCACAAAUAAAUUCAGCCUGCAACAGCGAGUCAAAAAAUUAUUAUUUUUUUUAAACAAAAACUCAAAAAUAUGUUUGACUUGCUAUAUCCAUCUGUGAUAG